GCGAGACUUAAAAAAUCAUGGAAGAUCGAAGACGUCGAAGAAGAACUUCAAAUUCCGACUCGGAUUUCAGCGAAAAUGACGAGAAAAAUACGAAUCUAGGAACCCCUGGUCGAAAGACAGAUAAUGAAACUCCAAGUGAAACUGGAGACAGAGAUGAAGAUCCUGAGUCUGAAUAUGAGAGUGCAGAAGAUCAAGAUUCUGAUGAAAGCACAGAUGAGUCAACAAGUGAUGAAGAUGAAACUGAGGACUAUACACAAGAUGAAGGAGAUGUUGUAAUCGAGGACUCUGGGUUGGAUUAUGAGUUCCCUGAUGAUCAGGAGAGGGAAAGUGGAGAUGGUCAGGAACAUCCAGAUGAUGAGAAUAAAGAUGCUUUAGAUGAUGAUGAAGAUCGCAAGAACCCAGCAUUUAUCCCCAGAAAGGGAGCAUUCUAUGAGCAUGAUAUGAGAGAGGGAGAGGAUGGAGAGGGAGGGGACUCACAGCAGACUGAAAAGACUGAAGAAAAGGGGGUAGAAAAGAAAGCAUUAUGGAAAGAUGAUAAGAAAUGGCUUCAUGAUAGGUUUGAUGAUCUUGAACAGAGACCCAAAACACGCGAGGAACUGAUUGCAUUGUAUGGCUAUGAUAUCCGAAGCCGCAAUGCCCCACCUUCAGCGCCACCGAGGAGAGGAAGGGGGCGAGGUGGUGACCGAGGUCAACAUUCUCAACAGGUGUUUGGUGAUUAUGUGACAGACAAUAGACGCAGUAACAGAAGAGGAGGACAAUAUAAUGAUGACGGUGACACCUCUGACAGAAGAGGUGGAUAUGACCGGAGACGAAGUGGACGUAAUGAUUACAAUGAUCGACAGAAUGAGUACAACGAGAGGCAUAAUGAAUACAAUGAAAGACGUACAGAUUAUCAACAUCAAAGAAGGGAGAACUAUCAAGGCAAUGAUUACAAUGGUAGUAGAAAUGAUUAUGGGGAUAAUAGUAAUGAUUAUGGCCAGAGAAGAGGAGGUGGUUAUAAUAACAGGAGAGAUGACUAUGAACAGAGACCUAGGGGAGCCAAUAGGGAAAGAUCACAGCGAUCAAGGGGUAGGGGGUCAUAUGAUAAUAGAAGGAAUCAACGGAGCAAUCAAGAUGAUAGCGAAGACACACGUGGGUACAAGGACACGCAAAACUAUCAGCGGCAACGCAGAGACAGUGAUAACCAGAAACAAUGGACAAACAGAAAUUAUAAAAAUCUGAAAGAAGGAAAUUCACCUCCUUCCUCUGAUUCUAAUCCACCGCGUUUCAAUAAAUCAGACUAUCCAAAGCUGCCGACAAAUGUUGUUGAACCAGUCCAAGGGAAGUCAUUUAGUAAUGAUCGUAGAGCUAAGGUGGGAGUAACGAGGGUACAGGAGAAUGUUGAGGAAGAGCGGAGGCCUAAAGUUGGCAUUACUAGAGUCCAGGGGGAGAAAGCCACGGAUGUUGUCAAAGCUGCAGCUUCAUCAAAGCCCUCGGAGAAAGUACAAUAUCCUCCCCAUUCUCAAGGAAAACAAGUACAACAUGUUACACCUCAGCCACAAAGUUCUGGGAGUGAGGCUACCCCUACAGAUUCAGCACCCCCACCUUCUACAGUGCGUCCUGAGACUGGGGUCCUUCGCCCAACCAAGCGAUACUCUUCCCAAAGGCAGAGACCUGUCCCAGACGCCACCUUUACAGAGCCCACUUCUGUACAGCAUUUCUAUCCCCCGCAGUCAACUAGACCACCCAUGGUGCAGCGAACAGUGCGGCCUCAGGCUACUGUAGCUCAGAGCACACAGGGCUCUCAGAUGUCCCAGACUCCCCCAGCUCCCAGAAUUCCCCCUCCACAAACAAUGCAGGCCUACACACUGCCAGGGCAUGUGUCUCCAGCUAACACGCCUCCAAGGAUGGUCCACCAGAUGUUACCAACGGCUCCCCCAAGUAUACCUAACGUCAGCAUGCGCAACACGCCACCUGUCAUGGUUCAGCCAGCAUCUGCACCGGAGUUCAUAGCUGGAGGGGUCCCCAUGGCUCCAGGGGCCAUGCCAGGGGCGAUGGUGCACUAUACAAGCCCUUCUGGGGGAAAUGCUGUACCAUUCCAGAUGGCCAACCCAAUACAGCUCCCCCCAGGGUUCCCUACCCCACCCCAUGGGCCCCAGGUGAUCACAGCUACAGCUAUCCCUAUGCAGCCAAUGCCUGUAGCCCCACAACCUGUACCCCCACAACCUGAGGAUCCCAUGCUUCAACCUGGUGGCACAACCUACUAUUCAACCCCUCAGGAUACCCCCACAGGAACAACAUACUAUCCCCAGGAAAUGGCAGCUCCCCCAGGGACAAUCUAUUAUGCCCCUGAGUUCCAGGCAACCACUGACAAAUCCCCAGCACGCAGAACUAAAGCAGCUAUACCUAUUAUCAAUCCACAGGAUAUGCCAAAUAGGGCUGAUGACGAAGCAGAGCUUUUGCGAGAAGAUCCAACUGCACCCCCUGUUUCCACCGCCCCUAUUCAGCAAACCUCUGCCCCAUCCCCUGUACAGCCAGCCCCUAUACCCAAUCCAGGAGAUGAACAACAAACAAGAACAGCGAACAUUACAAAUCCUAAUGAAGAACAAAUAAGUAACAAAGAUGAUAAAUCUAACAUCCUCAAAGAGGCAGAGGAGCCCACUAGUAAACAUGCUGUGGACUCUGGAGGUGAUAUGAAACCAGUGCCAGCUUUAGAGACCAUACAAUCAGAUAUGAAAGGAUUAAAGUUAGAAACUCAAACUGUACCAAUAAAUGAUGCAGAAACGAAUGAUAUAAAGCAAAUAGCUGUCGAAAGUACACCUGUGUAAUACACACUAGAGUUAAUAUUGGCUUUAACAAAGACCAGUGAGUCUGUCCCAUACCAGAGAUUGAAUUAUGAGCAGAAGUCUUCCAUUGUUCAUCACGUGGGUUAAGGAUGGUGUCAGAUUGUCAAUAGCUGUGGAACAAUGAAGUUAAUCUUCUAUGGGGAGGAGGUACAUGAUGAUUUCACUAGAGAGGAGUGGUGAUGAGGGGAGUAAUAAGGGGUACACUGGAUUGACUUUGACUUUGUUAUUCCACAUCCAUUGCCUGUUGGAUACCUCUUCUUUUCCCAUCAACUUCUGGUACAAUGUCACUUCUAGUUCAAUAAAUAUUGUAGUUAGUAUAUUAUGAACUACGGUUCGGAAGUUAUGGCGUUUUUAAAUUUCGGAAUUCCUUUUGGUUCACAAAUGAAAAUAAUUAAUCUGUUUCAUAUGUUUCUGGUAUGUUUGUCAUUGUGUUUUUACGAAAGAAAUCUAAAAUCUGUAAAAAGAGAGAAAAU